AUGGCUACUGCUCCAUAUGCUGAUUCAAUGGAAAGUUCGCCUCCACGAUCAGCUGCUGCCAAUGAGUCGGAUAUGGAACUCCGUGCCAACAAUCGAGACCUUGAUGAGAUGCGUGUAACGGAACCGGAAUUCUCGCUACCUCCCGUCGACGGUGGAAUGGCUGCAUGGCUUUUCCUGUUCUCGGCCUUUGUUCUGGAGAUUCUUGUCUGGGGCUUCCCUUUCGCUUUCGGUAUAUUCCAAGAAUACUACACCUCGAACCCACCAUUCGCCGGCUCCCGGAACAUACCUAUUGUCGGGACUUGCGCAAUGGGCCUGAUGUACCUUCUGUCGCCGCUCAUCUCCGGUUUCUUCGCGUGGUAUCCUAAUACUCGACGUCGAUGCAUCAUCAUCGGGCUGAUCAUCAUGUGUCUUUCUCUGGGACUCAGCUCGCUGAGCCAGACCGUUCCGCAUCUAAUUGCUAGCCAGGGAGUUUUCUAUGCAAUUGGAGGUGCGCUGUGCUAUGUUCCAGUGGUUGCAUUUAUGGAACAAUGGUUCGUGAAAAGGAAGGGCUUGGCUUUUGGAAUUAUGUGGGCUGGCACUGGUAUCGGGGGCAUCAUAAUUCCCCUACUACUGCAAUACCUCCUCGGUAGAUACGGCUUCCGCACCACUCUUCGUAUUUGGGCAGCUGUUCUUUUCGCAGCCACCGUCCCCUUGACUCUAUAUCUCAAGCCGCGCCUUCCCAUUUCGCAAGCCACCAAGCACCGGAAGUUUAACUUGAGGUUCCUCCGAAACAAAUCGUUCCUCCUUUUUCAACUCGGCAACGUUCUUGAGGGCUUCGGCUACUUCGUCCCCUCUAUCUACCUCCCCACAUACGCUAGAACUCUCGGCGCAUCAAGCCCUGUGGCUGCCCUGACCCUCAUCAUGAUCAAUGUGGCCGCUGUCUUUGGUUGCGUGGUCAUGGGUGGAAUCGUGGACCGCUGGCAUAUUACGACAUGCAUCUUCUUGUCGACUGUUGGAUCCACGCUCUCUGUUUUCCUUCUUUGGGGGUUCUCUACCAAUCUGCCUCUUCUCCUCGUCUUUUGUGCUGUAUAUGGUUUAUUUGCAGGGAGCUAUUCAACGGUGUAUCCAGGCAUUAUGAAACUCCUGGAAGGCAACGAGCAGGGCACCGACUCAAUGAUGGUAUUCUCGGUGCUUGCAGCUGGUAGGGGUAUUGGAAAUGUUGCUUGUGGGCCGAUGAGCGAGGCAUUGUUCCGAAUGGGGGACGUCGGAGGCAGAGGGUUGUAUGCCAGUGAGUAUGGGCCGCUUGUGCUACUCACUGGUAUCAGCGCUGCAUUGGGUGGCGUAAGCUGCUUUGGGAGGAUUGUAGGAUGGAUUUGA